AUGGCGAAGAAGAAAGAGCUGUUAUCGAAAGCCCCGUGGAGAGGCGACGACAAUGACUCCGAAAAGUUCAGCGGCGCAAAGCUCAAGGUCACCAAGGAAUCUGAUGGAAUGUCGAAGAUGCACGUCCCUAGUCGUGGAACCAACAAAGGUAGUCUCUCCGAUGACGAGGAUUCCCUCGAGAUUGAUCCUCAGCUUCGCUACAGUUUCAAUAGAAACUAUCAGUUCUUGCAAAGAGUGUUCACUACAGACACUUUGGUGAAGCCUCUUCCUCCUGCCAUGGCAUACAAUGUCUCUCGCAAUUUGAGCUUCUUCACCCGCAUUUUCACUCAGUUCUUUGAUCCUGAAGGCAUUGCAAAUGCACAGAAGUCUCUGGGGUUGGGGCAGGAAGAUAAAGCUCGCCGUGUUCGUUGA